AUGGCCUCCCGAUCACUAGAAUUAACCUUUGUCGGCUACGAUGGGUUCACUAAUUAUAGAUUGGUUGAUCCCUCCAAUGGGCGUCUAUACAUAUCCAAAGACGUCAUUUUCCAAGAGGAUCUCCACCUUGCAGACCCGUCAAUUCCAACCGCAAAAGACCCGAAGGCCCUACCCACUGCGGCCCGCCAAGCGGCUGCGGCAAUUCCUUCGGCGACCCCUGACCCAUCGAUUAAUGAUCUUUUCAUCGAUGAGGAUAUCCAACCCGAACGUCCGUUAUUUCUAGUACCCACGAAUAAUUGGUGGAUCGAUUAUGAAAUUUCGGCGAGAAUACCUACCUUUUUGGUGCAAAAUACCCCGAUUUCCCCGGAUCCUUCAAUAGAAAUAGAGGAUACCCCGACACCGUCAGGGAAUAUUACUGCAGUGGGGGAAUCUUCAGUGGAGAAUGGCCCUGAGACCGAAGACCUCCCUUCCGAUCCUGAAAUUGCAGGCCUACCGAUUCCAAAGAACCUCACGCGUGCCAAAGCUUCCGCCGAAUGGAAGUAUUAUUACAAGGCCUGUGUUAAAGAGGUUAAUCGCCUAAAGCAGAUUGGGGCCUGGCGACUGAUUGAAAGAUCCCCUAAUAUGGCAGUCCUUCGCGGCCAAUGGGUGUUCGACAAGAAGUUCAAUAAUUUGGGUAAAGUCGUCCGCUAUAAGGCCCGCUGGGUGGUCUGCGGCAAUUAUCAACAAAAGGGUGUCGACUAUUCGAAGACCUUUGCACCCGUCGUUUCCGCCUCCACGUCCCGAGCUCUCAUGGCAAUCUCGGCAUCCCGAGGGUGGCACGUUCUGCAAAUCGAUAUGGUAACCGCGUUCUUGAACGCCCAACUGCCGGCCGACGAACGGAUAUAUAUGAGCCAGCCUACGGGCUUCCGUGAAGGUCGUGGCGAUCUUGUUUGCGAAUUAAUGCAGGGACUCUACGGUCUUAAACAAGCAGCGCUUUUAUGGUAUGAGGAACUGCGAAGAAUGCUAUUGCAGUCAGGCUUCCGUAUCGAAGAUCUCAACUGGGCCAAGGCCGCAAUCGCCGCUAAUUACGAAAUCAAGGAUGUGGGCGAUUCGAACCGAUAUUUGGGCAUGAAGAUUGAGCGGGAUUCGACCUCCCUUACGUUGUCCCAACCCCUAUUUAUUACGAAUCUUCUGGAGGAAUUCGCUAUGGAUGACUGCCACCCUACGUCUACUCCCAUAGAGGAGAACGUUGAUUUCAUGAAUGACAAUGAGGAACCGGUCGCUUAUACGGCGGAAUUUACCCUACGCUCCUAUCAGUCAGGCAUUGGAUCCCUGCAAUACCUUGCGACCAAUACACGUCCUGACGUUAGCUUUGCAGCAGGCUUUCUAGGCCGAUUCAGCGCCCGCCCUACCUCGAAGAAUUGGGCCGCUUUCAAACGUACGCUCCGCUACUUGCAGGGCACGAUUAAUGCGGCUAUUUUAACCUACUACAAAGACGCCGAUAUCGAACCCGUGGCGUACGCCGAUGCCGAUUGGGCCGGUAGGGAUCCGGGAUCCCGCUCAACUACCGGCUACAUCAUAUAUAUGGCGGGGGGCCCCGUCGCCUGGCGAGGCUGCCGGCAGACAGGGGUCUCCAAAUCAUCAACCGAGGCCGAAUAUAUCGCAUCCUCCGAAGCCGCAUAUGAGCUCGUCUGCCUACAGGAGCUCCUAGAAGAUGCCGGUUUCGUGCCGUCCCGCCUCAAUAAUCUGGAUGCCGACGAUCACCCCAACCCACCUCCGGCGAAUGGCCUUGCUUAUACGAUUCAUGCCGAUAACAAGUCUGCCAUCGAGCUAUCCUCUUCCGAAGCGAUUCCGCGCCGAUCGAAGCAUAUAGAGGUCCGAUUCCAUAUCCUUCGGGAUCUCGUCCGCAAGAAUGAGAUAUCGGUCCGGUACGUCCCAUCCGCCGAGAACGCGGCAGACGGGUUAACCAAGCCGCUCGGAAUGUUGAAAUAUACGCGUUGGAAGGAGAUUAUUAAGAUGAAGGGAUAG